AUGCUGAGGCGCCAAGCUCGUGAUCGUGAGCGUUGGAGACUUGCUGAAGCUUUAGAUCGGGAGCGUGAGUUGAUUGCGCCAGCGUCUGCUGGCGAAGGUUCCAUCAACAACGAGGCGCGCCUGGUGGCGAGGCGCCAGUUAAGCAUGGAACGCAACCUGGGCACGAAGAGGCAUCUGGUGAGAAUGCUGGAGCUCUGCGCGAUGGAAUUGCUCAGGAUGGCGAUGCACGCGAAAGCGCUGGAGUUUCAAGCGAUGGCGCGGGUGCAGCAUCUGAGGAAGUUAUUCUUGAAGGCUCCAGCGUCAACGAGAAGCUGUCGGGCAGUUUCGGUUUGA